AUGGCACCUCGCAAGCUCCAAGUUGGAGUCGCUGGUCUUGGACGAAUGGGCAAGAGACAUGCCCUUAAUUUCCAUCAGAAUGUCCCUCGAGCUGUUCUUGUCGCAGUCACUAGCCCUGAUGCUGCCGAGAGGGAAUGGGCUGCCGAGAACCUCGCUCCUGAUGGGGUAGCUAUCUACGAGAACUACUCUGACAUGAUAGCUCACAUCGGCUUGGAUGCUGUUUGUGUCGCCUCUGCCACUGCGGUGCAUGCUGAACAGACCAAUGCGGCUAUUGCGGCCGGAAAGCAUGUCUUGUGCGAGAAGCCCCUUGGCACAACAGUUGAGAUUUCUCAAUCUGUUGUUGACGCCGCUGCGACCCGUCCCGAUCUCAAAGUAAUGUGUGGUUUUUCCCGGCGUUUCGAUGCUUCAUACCGCGACGCGUACGAGAAAACAAAGUCAGGCUUGAUUGGCCGCCCAUCUGUUCUUAGGAGCCAGACUUGCGAUGUGCUAGAUCCUUCAGGCUUUUUUGUCGCAUAUGCUCAGUUCUCUGGUGGCAUAUUCGUUGAUUGCAGUAUUCAUGAUAUUGACCUGGCCCUAUGGUUCUUCGGUCAAGAGUCCAGAGUUCGAUCAGUCCACGCUGUUGGAAUUACUGCUGUGGAACCGGAUCUACGACAGUAUGAUGAUAGGGAUAACGCCGUCGGUAUUGUCGAAUUCUACGAUGGUCGCAUUGCGUAUCUGUAUGCCUCACGCAUGAUGGCUGCUGGUCAAGAGGAUACAACAGAGAUUAUCGGAACAAAGGGGAAAUUGUCUGUGAACUUGAUCCCGGUCGAGAACCACGUUCGAAUCUACGGACAAGAAGGUAUCAGGCACGAACUUCCUCAAAACUAUUGGGGACGAUUCCAAGCAGCAUUCACAAGAGAAGCCAUUGAGUUUACCGACUGCGUGCUGGAUGACAAGCCUGUACCCGUUGAACUUGCAUCAGCAGUAACAGCAGUGCGUAUUGGCGCGGCUUUGCAGCGGUCUAUGAUCAUGGGGAAUAAAAUUCUCUUUGACGAGAGUGGCAACGAGGUGAAUAGAGCUCAAUUAUAGUACGGUGGCUUUAGCGCAACUUUACCAAGCCAGUACUGCAAAUAAAAUAUCAUAGCUACACUGUAACAAAGUCUCUCAUUGCUAUUGCUGUUCCUACUACAGCUUUGAGACAUACUUACCACGAGUAACUUCAAACCUAGGAUCACCCAUGACAAACUGGCAAGUGGCCAUCUGACUCACAAGCCGGUCGUUUCUCAACCGUUCCAUCACAACAGCCUCUCCAGCAAACAUAACCUCCACAUUACCAUUAUUCCAUCGAGGCAAGAGUGUAAUCUCCCCAUGAGGUGGAAUCCUUCCAAGAUAAGGCUCUCUCAAGGCCUCGCAAGUACCGAGCUCGGGACCCCAACUCGACAGCAUAGCUGCACUUGCUCGUGUAUGAUCCGUGACAAGUGCAUCGACGGGUCCUUUAGGUAUCAGACCUGGAUUGGCAGGGUGUGAAUGGGCUAUCUCGAGCAUGUCCCGAAACGUCUCCUCACUCCAAGUGCUAUUGCUGUUGCGAAUUGCCAUUGCUGCUUGGGCCAGAGUCUUGGGGUCAGGCGAGAUAAAGUCGCUGGUGUUCACAGACACGGGGAACAAAUCCACGCAGGCUGGCAUGUAGUUGUUGGGUAAAGGGGGCGUUAACCGACGACGGAUGUUUCCAGCAAAGACUAUCUUGCUAGUCUCAGGUAGAGGAUCAGGGCCUGAUAAACCAGGAGCAUAUUUGGCUGCGAAGAAUCGGUUCCACGCGAAAGCAGUCAAGCAGUCCGUAGACGACACUUUUGAGCCGCCAGGCAAGACCUCUUGGAUCAUGUGCUGAAGCUGCUUUAUUGAGGACUGUGAAAAGGUCCAGACAGAACAAGACAGUGUGCGGAGUUCAUCUUCAGUAAACCUCACGAGAUCGUCAUUGGUCAGACGUGCCUUUGUGAAGAGGUUUGACACUUUCUCCGCGACAUCUUCCGGGCGUCGAGGGUCGAGCAUGUCGAGGUGGGGAAGCUUCGCCGCACGAGCUGCCAGCUUGUCAAGAUCCUCCUCGAUACCCACGUCAGGUGUCAAGAGGGAGCGAUCCAUCAAGUCCGACGAUAUCUGCUGGGGGAGAGGAGGUACAGGUUGGCCAUUAAGUCUGGCAGUCGCUAUCGCACUCGUGUUCUGUGACCAAGACCUGAGGAAGUCCAUAAACUGUACGAGGUCCCCAAUCACAUGCGUGAUAGACAUGGUCAAGACUAUACCGCCUUUAACGACAUUAAACUGAGGUGCAAUUAUAGGAUCGCCGUCUUGAACGUAGGGGAAGUCUUGUGGUCGGAGCUUGCUAAGGCCAUCUUCUUCGCCAUCCCCGAAAGGCCACCCGUUAUCCUUUAGCUCUUGGUAAGAAGGAACAUCUGCAUCGUGACGAUGGUCUCGAUACCAGAAGUUUGUGCCGGCAUGCGGUGCUUCUCGAGUCUCAAUGGCGCAACGUCCAGUUUCGUCCUUUCUGAUAAUGCCAGAGAGGUGCGGAUGCUCGUAUAUACACCUGGAGAGGCCUUUCUUGCAGUCCUCGUAGAGCUGUCGGGCGUCGGCUCCUGGCUUUAGAGGAAAGAAGUGUGUAGGCGAAGGAUACACCGAAGCGGUGAGAUUAUCGAGAGCUGAGCACUUCACGGUGGAUGGCCGUAUGUGGCCUGCUGGUUCGACCCAUGAGUUGGACAUGGUUGAUUCGUCGUUUCUGUUUCCAGCCAUACUUGAGUAGAAUGGCUUCUGCUCUCGUAGAGAGAUAAUAGACGGUCAUCACAUACUGGCUCUCAUUUUGUACGAUGUCAGGCGAACACGUGAAAGCAAUCGCGCUUCUC